AUGAAGAGCACUGGUCAGGCGAACAAAAAAACCAGCACUGACCAUGUCGUGGUGGAGGAAACUGUUCGGACAGACUACAGCCACCUACCAAUUGAUCACGGAUGGGCGUAUGUAACUGUCUUCGGUUGUUUCGGCGUGUGUGCCCUAAUUGUAGGGACACUGAAAUCAUUUGGGGUCAUUCUGGUGGAGUUGUCCCGUCGGUUCAAUGUUCCUGCUAGUGUGCUCAUAGGACCGCAGUGCCUUGCUGGAUUCUUCCAUCUAUCUCUAGGUCCUGUGGCGAAUGCAUUGAGUGAACGAUACUCGCACAGACUGGUAGUGUUCGUGGGCGGGAUGGUAGCCGCCAUUGGUCUAGCUUGUACAUCGUUCGUCCAAUCAGUGCCCGCCUUUUAUCUUACUUACGGAGUGAUGUCAGGAGUUGGCUUUGGUUUGUGUUUGUCACCGUCCAUCACUUUUCAAGGAUUCCACUUUCAGAAGAGAAGAGCUCUUGCCAAUGGACUUUCCGCUUCCGGUUCUGGGGCCGGAUCCUUCGCGUUACCUCCCAUCAUCCGCGUGCUCAUCAACUAUUACGGACUUGGAGGGUGUCUACUCCUUGUUGGAGCUUUCAUGUUUCAUACCUGUGUUUUCUGUUCUUUCUUCAGGCCUCCGUCAUACUGGGUUCUGUUUAACAAAGUCAGGGGUAAAACAAAUAAAACGGAAAGAGACGAUAAACACUCUACUGGUGAGAAGGACACAACACAUCCUCUACUGGAAAACACGAAAAGUUUAGACUUCGAAAUAUUUGAGGAUGGAAAAGGAACUGGGAUCACUUCCAAAACAGAAAGUGGAGAAACAUGCAUGUAUGAUAGAGCCAUACAAAACCAAGAACAAUUUCUUCUGGAUAUAAAACGAAACGAAACAAGUCAUCACCUUUCUACCUCAUCAUUGCCAUGUAUAGCCAUCAAACGGAUUCAGGACGAAACAAGACCGAGAACAGAAUCUGUCAGAAUAAAUUCCACACAACACAGUAAUACUCUACAAUCAAAAGAACUUACGAAUGACUUGUUGUUCGCAAGUCUAGAGUCAUUUCCUUCGCUCUCUGGUUCGGGGCUCGAACACACUCUGAAUUAUAACAAACGCACAUCUGAACCAGAGAAAGUAGACGAUACAAAAAAGAAACCGAUGUUAGAAUGGUCCUUACUAAAGAAUUCGACUUACCUUGUUUUUAUAUUUGUGUUAUUUACGGGAAUUAUGGGUCAACAUUCGCUCUUUAAUGUCCUUCCUUCAGUUGCAAAUGAAAAGAGCAUCAGUGAUGAACAAGGGGCCAUAAUUGUGUCCAUUCUCGGCGCAGCUGAUCUUUUCGGUCGGAUAUUUUUUGGUUGGCUCGCCGAUUUUGGCUUUGUCAAGCGUCAAACGAUGUAUCAUUUGAACCUGACUGUGUUCGCUAUGGUCGGGUUCAUUACUCCAUACAUCAAUUCAUUUAUUGGAUUCUGUUUGCUCUCUAUGUUCCUUGGAAUUUUCACCGGAGGUUACACAGGAACUCAAAUAGCCAUUCUUGCUGACAAGUUUGGAGUUGAAAAGUUAUCUAGUGCUUGGGGAUUCGCCGCCUUUCUCGCCUCGCUAGCGCUACUGGUGAAUCCUUUCCUGGCGGGAGUGAUUCGUGACGUCACAGGAUCCUGGAUAGGUGCAGUUGUCCUUGGUGCUAGCGUGUCAGCGUUUGGAUCCGGAUUACUUACGAUCGAGGCUUUACUAAUCAGGAUAAGACGGUGA